AUGCAAGACAUCACACAAUCCGAAAAGGCUGCAAUUUUUGCAUCACAACGAAAGCUCAAAUACUCGGCAAAGCACUUAUCCGCAUUCGAACGGAUGCUAAGCACGUGGCUGCACUGCUUCAAUCCUCGUAUCACCCACUAUAUCGGUCUGUCGAUCUUCACGACAUCUUCGUUACGCGUAUCGACUUCGUUGGCUCUCCAGGUCUUCCGAGUCACAUUCGCUAGCUAUUUUUUAUCAAUCUAUUCCAUUUUCGGUCUUUCGUUUUGUUCCACGAUACCAGCAGUGAGAAGAGCAUUUCGAAUAGAUGCUUUCUCCCAACCUCACAUUUCCAAGAUUUUGAGCGACUGGUCAACCCCCUUUUUUCAAUGGACAAUUUCGGAAGCCCAAAUGACACGGGCGCUUGAGCUCACAUCAUAUGGCAUCUCGCAUAUGCGCUGGCCCGAAUCUUGUCCUCCACUAGAAUAUUAUCUCGGCGCCUUCUCCUUGUGCGUCAACUUGACGACAACCAAUCUCUGUGUUCUGCCCUCGAAUUGGCACACCUGGGGGACAGGUGUAAUUGAAAUAAUUUGUCUUUCGUGGAAGGAGGCAAAAAAACGCGUGGUCCGUACUCACCGCUGCAGGCUCGGUAGCAUUAGGGAGUAUUAUGAGAAGCAGGUAUUUGGAAUUUGGGCCGAAGGAAGAUAUAAAAGCACACUGAAGAGGCUGGGACAUCGGCUUCCACAUCACCAACGACACCCGAAUAAGACUCUCUCGUUUCACAAGUCUUCUCCCCAGGACACCAACGGAAACUUUCCCCAAACACGAAAAACCAAUUACGAAACACGAACCAUGAAAUCCCUCGUCCUCACCACCACCAUCCUCCUCUCCCUUGCCCUCGCGCACCCCCUAUCCGGAAACCCGAACCCCUCUAUCACCUUCAACUCAACCUGCGCCACCAUUCUCGCAGCCGAUCCCACUCUCGAACUCUGCGCCGAACUCAGCAACAGCACCGACUGCAGCAAUCCCAUCACCGUUAUCACAGGUACCGAUUGCAUAAACAUCGAUGUCGCGCAACUGGGUGCUAUCGACGUGAAGAAAGGCACCGUCUUCGCGGGCUAUACUUAUGCCAAUUGCAGAGGGAAUCCGGAUGUGUUGGCGGGGAAGAUCGAGGAGGACGAUUCGGAGUUGGAGGGCUGGAUAGGGGAAGAUAUAGAAGCCUGGAGAAGAGAUUUAGUAGAGGGAGUGGGAAAGGGCAUGGUGCUUGGAUGUGAUUUUGAAAAAUUCUCCGGCUUUUGGAGAAUAAACUCAUGUUUCGGAUAUCUAAAUUAUUUGUACAUGGUAGCUCCGCAUGAUUACGUGCAAUGCCACAGGUUAUCAUUUCCCUUCAAGGUCUUCCAUGGGAAGGAUUGCUCAGUAAUCGCCAUCUCUUAG